UUUUUAUUUCACAAAAAGACAAAACCAAAUACUGCUGCUGGCUACUGCUCUUGUUUUCGGCUGAAGCUCUUAUUUAUUUCAAAGAAAAAGAUACUAGUUCAUAAACUACUGUUAAUAUGGCCUACGAUCUUAAGACAGAAUCAGAUGUCAAAGAAUACCUCGAAAAACUAGGCAUCGAAUACCGCUUUGGGUGUUACUCUGAGAAAAAACCCGAAGUUUGUCACCUACUGGGCGAUUAUUUGGAAGGAAUUAAAAAGGAUUUUGAGAAGGCGGCUAAAGUUUAUAAAUCAACCUGUGAUGAUUAUGGUUACGCAAAGUCGUGCUAUAAAUUUGGCAACUACAGUUUCUUGGGAAAGGGCAAAAGUGGCAGCAAGGGCGAUCCAAAGUCAGCGUAUAGUUAUUACGAGAAAGGUUGCAAUCUAAACGAUUCUGAUUCUUGCCUACAUUCCGGCCUCUUAAUGGUGUCCCGUUCCAUGCCAAAAGAAGUUGAACGUAAUGUACCGAAGGGUCUUGAAUUCUUAACGAAAAGCUGUGACAUGAAUAACGCUACUGCUUGUUUCUACCUCUCCGGAAUGCACAUUUCUGGAGUCCAAAAACAGGCCGAAGAAACUUCCCCAAAAAACCAGACGAAGUCAGAGGCAGCAGGAGAAUAUAUCAUUCGGAAAGACAUGAAAAAGGCUUUUGAUUUUGCUUACAAAGCCUGCGAACUAAGGAACAUGUACGCCUGCGCCAACCUGAGUCAGAUGUAUGCGAGAGGCGAUGGCACAGACAAAAACGAACAGGAAGCAGAAAAGUACAAGAAACUAGCUAUGGAAAUGCAAGACGAACAAAAGAAACAGCAGCAGACUCUUGGUUUUCAACAAGGCAUCCAGAUGCCUCAGUAAAUGCUAAAUGUGAUGAGAUUUUAAACGGUAAACGGCCGGCUUUUUGUUUUUACAACACACAUUUCGAAGCUGUUUCGUUGCUUCUCUAAAAGCUUUUUUGUUUUCUGGAUUUUAUCAAAAUUGCAAAAUUAAGCAAAAAAGCUUACCUUAUUAUGUUUGAAAGUUAAGAUGUAGAAAGAGACGAGUUAAAUUUAUCAACAAACAGACAAAAUAUUAAAAUUGUUUAUUGUACCUA